CAGUAAGAUUUAUCAUAAUAGGGUGAUAAAUUAUGUUUGCUUUUUUAUGGUAUACUGGAGAAAACUCUAAAGAUGGACAAGUAAUUGACUUGAAGAGUACAUAAAUUGAAAUGUGAAAAUUGAAUUCCACUACAAGUGCAGUUUGAUCCUCCAGGAUUAACCAAGUCAAAACAGAGAAAAUUAUUUAAUGAUUUAUUCAUCAUUGAUACAAUUUGAAUAUGAAUACUAUUUUCAUAUAUUGUAUAUUAGCUAGUAUCUUUGAUCACCACUCAAAAUGUAUAGGAUUGCAUUUAAUGUAGAAAUUAACUGUGUGGGUUUCUAAAUUUUUUCAUAAUAAUACUCUUCCAGAAUAUAACUCAAGUGACUGACCAGUUGUAAAUAUGUGGAAUAUAGUGAAAGAUCCAACAGUGACAAAACCUGUAAAAGAACUAAAGGAUAAAUGGAAACUUCUUCCUGCUUUUCUACAGGUGAAGGGUUUGGUAAACCAACAUGUUGAUUCAUUUAAUUAUUUCAUUACAGUUGAUAUUAAAAAGAUUUUGAUGGCAAAUAGCAAGAUUACUAGUGAUGCUGAUCCAUUGUUUUAUAUGAAAUACUUAAACAUUCACAUAGGAAAUCCUGAUGUAGAAGAAGGUUUUAAUGUUACGAAACCAACAUGUCCACAUGAGUGUCGUCUUCGUGACAUGACAUAUUCUGCUCCUAUAACAGUUGACAUAGAAUAUACUAGAGGGCAGCAGAGAGUUGUUCGAAAUAAUGUUCCUAUUGGUAGAAUGCCAAUUAUGCUGCGUAGUUCCAAAUGUGUACUUACAGGGAAAUCUCCAGCAGAACUUGCUAAACUGAAUGAAUGUCCACAUGAUCCUGGUGGCUAUUUCAUUGUGAAUGGCAUAGAAAAGGUGAUUCUUUGCCAAGAACAGUUGUCAAAAAAUCGAAUGAUUGUUGAAGAAGACAGCAAAGGUGGAAUUGCAUGCCAGGUGACUAGCUCCACUCAUGAACGAAAAACACGUACCAACAUAAUUGUUAAGCAUGGACACUAUUAUUUGAAACACAACAGUUUUUCUGAAGACAUACCUAUUGCUAUUGUGUUUAAAGCAAUGGGUGUUGAAAGUGACCAAGAAAUUGUGCAGAUGAUUGGAACUGAUGACCACACCUUGUCAGUAUUUGCUCCUUCUCUUGAAGAAUGUCAUCGAGCUCAAGUGUACACACAGACUCAAGCUUUGAGAUGGAUGGGAAAUAAAAUCAAACAACGUCGAAUCUGGGGAGGUGGACCUAAAAAAACACCCAUUGAAGAAGCUCGUGAUUUAUUGAUAACAACUAUUUUAGCCCACAUACCCACAGAACAGUUUACAUUCAAGGUAAAGGCCAUGUAUAUGGCUCUUAUGGUCCGAAGAAUCAUUGAAGCCCAGACAAAUCCCAAGUUAAUUGAUGAUAGAGACUAUUAUGGAAACAAGAGAGUUGAACUGGCAGGAUCCUUAUUGUCACUUUUGUUUGAAGACUUGUUUAAGCGAUUUAACUCUGAGCUGAAAAUGAUUGCAGACAAGAACAUUCCUAAAAUUAAAGCUGCCCAAUUUGAUAUUAUUAAGCACAUGCGUCAAGACCAGAUAACAAAUGGUUUAAUCACUGCCAUUUCAACUGGGAAUUGGACAGUGAAGCGAUUCAAGAUGGAACGUGUCGGGGUUACACAAGUUCUUUCAAGAUUAUCUUACAUCUCUGCACUGGGAAUGAUGACAAGGAUUAAUAGUCAGUUUGAAAAAACAAGAAAAGUUUCAGGACCAAGAUCUCUACAGCCUUCUCAGUGGGGUAUGUUAUGUCCUUCAGAUACACCAGAAGGUGAAUCCUGUGGUUUGGUGAAAAAUUUGGCAUUGAUGACACACAUUACUACUGACAUGGAGGAAGAACCAUUGAUUAAACUUGCUUUUAAUUUAGGAGUAGAAGAUGUGCACCUCCUCAGUGGAGAAGAGCUAUCACAUCCAGAUGUUUACAUGGUUUUUUUAAAUGGGGGUAUUCUAGGAGUCAUAAAAGACUACCAAAGACUAGUGCAUACAUUCCGUAUAUUGCGCAGAGCUGGUUAUAUCAAUGAGUUUGUCUCUAUCUUCCCAAACCAUACCCAUCGCUGUGUUUAUAUUGCUUCAGAUGGUGGCCGAUUGUGUCGUCCAUAUAUAAUUGUCAAAGGAGGUCGUCCAAUGGUCACUCAAGCACAUUUAGAAGAGUUAAAUCGUGGUGUUCGCCAGUUUGAAGACUUCAUUCAUGAUGGUUUGAUUGAAUACCUAGAUGUCAAUGAAGAAAAUGACAGUAAUGUUGCUUUAUAUCAAACAAGCAUUAGUGUAGAAACAACACACCUUGAAAUUGAACCAUUUACUUUGUUAGGUGUGUGUGCUGGCCUCAUACCAUAUCCUCAUCAUAACCAGUCACCUCGUAACACUUAUCAAUGUGCUAUGGGUAAACAAGCUAUGGGUACAAUUGGUUUAAACCAGAGGAACCGAAUUGAUACUCUCCUGUACCUUCUUGCAUAUCCUCAUCGACCAAUGGUGAAAUCUCGAACUAUUGAGUUGAUCAACUUUGAGCAGCUUCCAGCAGGACAGAAUGCCACAGUAGCUGUAAUGAGCUAUAGUGGUUAUGAUAUUGAGGAUGCCAUUGUCAUGAACAAAGCUUCCCUUGACCGAGGAUUUGGAAGGUGUUUGGUUUACCGUAGUCAAAAAUGCACAUUGAAACGAUACACCAAUCAAACAUUUGAUAGAGUGCUGGGUCCUAUGAUAGAUGCAACCACUCGUAAACCAAUAUGGAAACAUGAGGUUUUAGAUGCUGAUGGAAUUUCUGCUCCUGGUGAAAGAGUGGAAAGCCGACAAGUUGUAGUCAACAAAUCUAUGCCAGCAGUUACUAUGAAUCCAAUUCAAACUACACCAGGACAACCACAGCAAGUAGAGCACAGGGAGGUCCCAAUUGUAUAUAAAGGAUUAGAACCUUCCUAUGUUGAAAAGGUAAUGAUUUCAUCAAAUAAUGAGGAGGCAUUUCUCAUUAAACUUCUGAUGCGACAGACUCGUCGACCAGAAAUAGGGGACAAAUUUAGCAGUAGACAUGGACAGAAAGGAGUUGUAGGUCUUAUUGCCCAGCAGGAAGAUAUGCCUUUCAAUGAUCAGGGAAUUUGUCCUGAUUUGAUAAUGAAUCCUCAUGGAUAUCCAUCUCGUAUGACAGUUGGUAAACUAUUAGAGCUUGUUGGUGGUAAAGCUGGGGUGCUGGAAGGAAAAUUUCAUUAUGGAACCGCAUUUGGUGGAAGCAGUAUACAUGAGAUUAGUAAAGAGUUGAUAAAGAAUGGGUUCAACUAUCUUGGUAAAGAUACAUUGACAUCUGGAAUCACUGGGGAACAUCUUAGUGGAUACAUUUACUUUGGUCCAAUAUACUACCAGAAGCUGAAGCACAUGGUGAUGGAUAAAAUUCAUGCUCGAGCUCGAGGCCCUCGUGCUGUUCUGACUAGACAGCCAACAGAAGGAAGGUCACGAGAGGGAGGAUUACGAUUAGGUGAAAUGGAGCGAGAUUGUUUGAUUGGACAUGGAGCAAGUAUGUUGUUAUUGGAGCGACUAAUGCUGUCUAGUGAUGCUUUCCAAGUCGAUGUGUGUAAUCAAUGUGGUCUGUUAGGCUACUCAGGCUGGUGCCACUAUUGUCAGUCAUCUCGUCAAAUUGCUUCAAUCCAAAUACCUUAUGCAUGUAAAUUAUUAUUUCAAGAGCUGCAGUCAAUGAAUAUUAUUCCACGCCUUAAACUCUCAAAAUAUUUUGAUUAAUCUAAGAUAAAGCAAGAUUUGAUCUGAAGGAAUGAAUACCUGUAUAUAAACCGUAAUUAGUUGGAUUUAAACAUUUACUUUUGAUAAUCAUAACUUAUUUAAAGAAAACUUAAGUUUGUUGAUAUGUUUAAUCCUUAAACCACUAGUGUUGCUUACUUCAUUACAAAAUAUUAUUUAAAAGUUCAGGACAAAUAUAUUUUGAUAUUUAUGGAUAAAUGCCUAAGUAUGUACUGUACUAAGAAUUAAGCAUUGUUUUUAGCUUGAAGUUGGAACUUGUAUGUCACUAGUAAUGAAAAUUUGAGCAUUGUCAUUUUAUAUUGUUGUCGUGCUUUUUUUCUUGAUAUAGGCAGCUAUGUGAUUUUAUGUUUAAAAAAAUUAAGUCUCUCAGUACAAAGUAACAUUAAUUUAACAUUUUGAUUGAGCUCCAUGUACUUGUGUAGAUCUGGUUAAGAAUUAUUGAAGUAUUUUCAAGUUUUAUGCUGUCUAACAGGAAUAUAAGUAUGCUUCAGUAUUUAGGCUUGUAACUAUUACAAACAAGCUACAGAGAGUUUACAGUGUUCAGACUUAUUCCUUGAUGUAUGAGAAAAUGUAGUGAAAGUGAUGCACUGCACAAGCAUUUUAGAGUUUAUCAUCCCGAAGACGAUGUGAAUGAACUUGGGUCGUGAGCUACUUUAUAUCCAACAACAGUGUGAUGCAACAAAAUCAUUGCUAUCUGUAUUUCCAUGUGUCCUCUUAGAAUAGAAAAGUCCUAAUGAGUAAUUGAAAGGUAUUGUGUCUGAAAAAAGAUACAUCUGUUUCAUAUGUGUUUGUACAUGUAUAUUUUUUCUACUUUCAAUUUUUUGCAUUGGGUUCUAUAGGUGUUAAAUUUAAUUUUGUUUUAAGCUUUACAGCUUAAUAAGCUUUCACUGAUGUUACAACUGUGUUCCAGUUUAAUUGUUGUUUUUUUUAAGUUAAUACAAUUAUGGUAUUAUGCUUGUAGAACUUUCAUAAUUGAUAGUUAUUAAAACAUUGUAACAUCCUAGAUUAAAUUGUGAAUACUUUGCACCAUAGAAGAGACAUUGUGAUAAACUUUCAAAUAUUAUUUCAUUAAAGAAAAUGUUGUUUUUGCCUUUA